CCAGAGCGCAUGCGCGGCGGGGCUGCGUGUGUCCGGUUCCAGAAGCAGCUGCAGCUUCACCUGCGCAGUCAUGGGGAAGAAGAGUCGGGUGAAAACCCAGAAAGGUUCUGGUUCCAGCUCGGUGGCGUCGCCUAAAGAAAUGCUGAGCUGCAUCUCUGAGCUGCUGCAGAAAUGCAGCAGUGCGGCGCCCUCUGCUGGUAAAGAGUGGGAGGAAUAUGUUCAGAUACGAGGCCUGGUGGAGAAGAUCCGGAAGAAACAGAAAGGUCUCUCCGUGGUGUUUGAAGGCAGCAGGUCCGACCACUUCUCCUCUCUGACUUCGUGGGCCCAGCAGAACGGAGCUUCCUGUGACGGAUUCACCGUAGCCGACUUUGGAGAGGAAGGAUACGGCCUGAAGGCUAGCAGAGACAUCAAGGCCGAGGAUCUGUUCCUCUGGGUUCCCAGGAAGAUGCUGAUGACGGUGGAGUCGGCCCAGAACUCUGUACUUGGGCCCCUCCACAGCCAGGACCGGAUCCUGCAGGCCAUGGCUAACGUGACGCUAGCGCUGCACCUGCUGUGUGAGCGUUGUGACCCGGCGUCGUUCUGGCAGCCGUACAUCCGCUCCCUCCCGGAGGAAUACGACACGCCGCUCUUCUACCAGCAGGACACCGUGGCCUUGCUCAUGGGCACGCAGGCAGUGCAGGACGUGCUGAGCCAAUACAAGAACACAGCCCGGCAGUACGCGUACUUCUACAAGCUGCUGCAGACUCAUCCUGCUGCCAGCAAGCUCCCGCUGAAGGACAGCUUCACCUUCGACGACUACAGGUGGGCCGUGUCGUCGGUGAUGACCCGGCAGAACCAGAUCCCCACGGAGGACGGAAGCCGGGUCACCCUGGCCCUGAUACCGCUCUGGGACAUGUGCAACCACACCAACGGACUGAUCACCACCGGCUACAACCUGGAGGACGACCGGUGUGAGUGUGUAGCUCUGCAGGACUACAAGGAGAACCAGCAGAUCUACAUCUUCUACGGGACCCGGUCCAACGCCGAGUUCGUGAUCCACAACGGCUUCUUCUUCCAGGACAACAACCACGACCGGGUCAAGAUCAAGCUGGGCGUCAGCAAGAGUGAGAGGCUGUACGCCAUGAAGGCCGAGGUUCUGGCCCGGGCCGGGCUCCCCGCGUCUUGUGUGUUUGCUCUCCACGGUAACGAGCCCCCCAUCUCAGCCCAGCUGCUGGCCUUCCUGAGAGUCUUCUGCAUGACUGAAGAGGAGCUGAAGGAGUUCCUGGUGGGCGACGGUUCCGUCAACCGGAUCUUCACUCUGGGAAACAGCGACUUCCCCGUGAGCUGGGACAACGAGAUCAAGCUGUGGACCUUCCUGGAGACCCGGGCCGCCCUGCUGCUGAAGAGUUACAGAACCACCACCCAGGAGGACCGGGCCCUGCUGGCCCGUCCGGACCUGGCCCUCCACGCCCGCCUGGCGGUCCAGCUCCGGCUGGCCGAGAAGUCGAUCCUGGAGCGGGCGUCGGCCAGUGGGCGGAGCCAGCGGCUGCACUUCCUGCAGCAGCAGCGGGAGGGCGUGGCCCUGCCCCGCCCCCAGGAGGGGGACCUGGCCUUCCUGGACCGGGACCGGGUCCUGGACCCGGACCAGGACGCCAAGCUGCCCAUCAUCCUGCGGCAGCUGGAGGAGGCGGACCGGGACCAGGACCAGGACCCGCUACUCAACGGGAAGGGGGCGGGGCCUGACGGAGAGGGGGCGGGGCCUGACGGGGAGGAGGCGGAGCCGGUCCAGGUCCAAACAGACCGGGUCCCCGGUUCGGUUCUGGCCCCGGAGGGGGGCCCAGGUCCAGGACCCGCCCCCCCCAGAGAACUGUGAAUAAACGCGUCCCGAUUUCCCGCCAACAGCUUUUUGCUAUUUAUUUAUUUUUGUGUCUCUUGAAAUGACUCAGAAAUAUAGACGAGCGUUAGCGGUUAGCGGCGUUAGCUUUAGUUCCGCCGCUAACCGCCGCAGGAGGAGGGCGGUUUCAGAUUGGCUUUUUGGUUGAGUUAGCGGUUAGCGGUCCGCGGCGUCCCUCACGGCGCGACUCUGGGAACCCUGGAGUUUUAGGAACCGUGGCCGACGGACGGAGAGACGGACGGAGAGACAGACGGAGAGACGGACAGAGAGACGGACAGAGAGACGGACAGAGUGCUAGCGCAGGGUUUAGUUUUCACAUCAGCUCGUCUCCAUUUGUCCCGUUUUUUGUGUUUUUGACAAUCGUAGACGUCUGAUGAUGUCACACGGCCCCGCCCACUUCCUGUCACCGGGUCCCGAUUUAAAAACCUGGUUUUCCCGGCGGCCGAGACGGAAGAAAAACGAGUCUGAAGAAGAAGCGUCUUUGUGAAUGUGUCCAGGGGGCGGGGCCACGGUGAUGUCACGGAGGGGGCGGGGCCACAAGAGCCACAAACAGCCCCGUCGUCAUGGUUACCAGUUUGUUCACGACAACAACGCUCAUCUUUUCUGUCUUUCUGAUAAAUAAAAGUAUAAAUACCAAAA